AUGUCCGUGCGACAACUCACCGCCCUCCUAACGAGCUCGGGUGGGCACAGCGCUGUCCGCCCCGGGGGCCAUUUGCGCUCCCGAGAUAAGGGCCCCGAGCCGAAAUGGCUCCUUCGUUCAAUGCGCGACGGAGUUACGCUCACCGGUUCGCGCUUUAUUGCAAUUCCUAAACUAAGAAUAGCAUUCAAUUUGAACGUUAGAUCCGUUGUACGGUCGAUGGGUAGUUGGGUACACAUUCCCGUGGGUUGGGGCCUCGAGUCGGAAGGAGUGAAGGCGGGCGGUUUGAAACGUGCGGAGAUCGGAGGCGCGCGGCCGCCGCUCGUAAAUUACGCCUUCGGCCUUCGGCGGCUGGAUGGCGCGCAGAAU